AUGGUCGCCACCAUUUGUUCCUCCGUGAGGACGCCCUCCCUCGCGGUCCUUCUCGGCUUGCUGCUAUAUGUCCUCGGCGCCAUCGCAGAGGAUCCAGUGUCUUUCUAUAAAUCGAGGCCCGAUAUCUACCCUCCCAUCUUCAAAGUCGAGCACAGCGAUCAGUCUAAGCUCGCUCCUGGUUAUAUCUUCAUUACACCCUACGAGGCCCAGAACCCGGGGCCCUAUAUCUUUGACAACAAAGGAGAGCUAGUAUGGAGCGGUUGGGGUGUAUCAGGACCGGGCAAUGCUCACGGAUUCCACGUCUGCAAAUAUAAGGGUGCCGACCACUUGUGUUUUUUCCAGGGAAAUCAACAGAAAGGCUACUGUCGCGGACAUGGCAUAAUCAUGGAUAACACCUACCGCAUCGCGCGAUCCGUCCAACCCGGCGGCGGAAUGGCAUCAAGCGACAUGCACGAAUUCAUGCCGAUCAACGACGGUAAAAGCGCCCUGAUGACCGUCUACCAGCAGCGCCAGUUUGAUAUGACUCCGUGGAAUAUCAAGACUGGCGUGGGUUGGUUGAUGGAGAGUGUGUUCCAGGAGGUGGACGUGGAGACGAGUAAGGUGCUGUUUGAAUGGCGAUCUCUCGACCACGUUGAUCCGUCCAUGAGUUACACAUAUCCCGCCCACACAGAUACCUCCGGAACGGGAUUGAACGUGCAUGAGCCCUGGGAUUAUUUCCAUAUCAACUCGAUCGACAAGAACACCGACGGCGACUACCUGAUUUCUUCACGACACACUUGCGCCAUUUAUAAAAUUUCCGGCAAGGAUGGGUCGGUCAUUUGGAGAUUGCACGGCGCAAAGCCGACGUUCCGUAAUAUCAACUUCAGCUUCUCUCAGCAGCACGAUGCGCGCUGGCUUUUCGAGAAUGCCACCCACUCAGUGGUCUCACUAUACAACAACGGAUAUAACGGAUACAACCGGACGCAUACCUACUCUGGUGGAAUGAUCAUUCUUAUCGAUCACGUCGACAACACGGCCCUCCAGAUUCGCGAUUAUCGUCCUUUGAUUCACGAUUUGAUCAGUUCCAGCCAGGGUAACCUCCAGCGACUGCCGAACAAGAACGUGAUGAUGGGAUGGGGAAACAACCGCUAUAUAUCGGAGCAUGAUGAGGAGGGGAACAUCGUGUUCUGGGCUACUAUUGCCGCCGACCCGGUCAUGAACUACCGUGCCAUGAAGUUCGAGUGGGAUGGUAACCCCACUGAUUCGCCUGCUCUCUGGACAUAUUCUCGGACUGCGGAUCCGUUCUCACCGACAACGUUCUAUGUCAGUUGGAAUGGCGCCACGCGUGUUCAGGACUGGCGAUUCUUUGGAGCCUCAAACAUGACUGGACCCUGGACUCUUUUGGAUAACAUCGAGAAGACCGGGUUUGAGACCGAGUAUACCAACACUAGCUUCUACCCAUGGACUCGCGCCGAGGCUAUCGACAAAAACGGUGUAGUCCUUGGCCGAUCCGAAAUCAAGUACACCUUUGUCCCGUCGCCGGAGCUGCGCGAAUUUUGCCAAGACGAAACUUGCUUGGAUGCGCCCGGUUACGGAUUCCCUGGUGAAGAGCAUGCUAGCCCGUUCAUCCCGCCGGUGGGCGUGAAUACUGUGCCGUGGGUCGACCCGGAGCACGACGGGGCGAUCUGGCAAUAUCCAUCGGGCUUCCCGCAUGUGUCGGGCCCUGUCUACCACAAGAGCUGGACCUCCAAUCCUCUCUACCUCUGGACUGGCGUAGUAUUCUUAUUACUCCCUCUCCUCGGCGGAGUCUACUACGGGUUCCGUUACUAUCAAUCACAGCGGCUGGACCCGCUGGAUGAUGAAUCGGCUGAGCCGUUGAACGGCAUAGCUGAACGAAAAGCCCCUCCUCGUCACACCAACGAUCUCCCCUGGUGGAACUGGAAGCGGUGGACCGGAGGCGAUGAAGGUCACUACUUGCCACUUGCGGAUCGCAGUCCAAACCACAGACGACAACGAACGGAGUAA